AUGGUCCAGAAGCUGGUUGGAUACGUGAACCUAGAAACUGGAACAGUCUUUCCCAAAAUACGGCCCCAACACGAAGUCAACCAGAGCUGGACAGCUUUCUAUGAGUACAUUGUCUUGACCGUUAGUUCUGACAACAUUACUCUGACAGUUAGUGUACUGAGUGUCGGAUGUUUUGCCUGCUCCGCCAAAAACAUCGCCUACGGUUGCAUCCCUGGUAGUCAGCUCAAGGCUUACAUCGAGAGCCUUUUCGCAAUUCUCAAAAGCCCGCACGCACAGCAGACACUCUUCAGCACACUGUUCUGCCGCUGGACCUUAGCCAUCGCAGAAUCGAUUCUCAGCGUCAUGCACUCGGACGGCAUGAUGCAUCAGUACGAUGUCAUGCUCGCUUCCCAAAAGACUAACGCAGAUGGUGUAGCAAAAGUCCAGCAGUACGACAAAGUUGCCGCCAGGCUCUUGUUUGAGGGCCCGGAUUUCAGGAACCUCGAAGUUACGCGCCGGAUAUCAGAGUUCAAGUCGCAGUUCCAACCCGUGAAGGAAAAGCUCUGCCAGAAGUCAGACAUCCCAAAUUACCGCAUCCACUAUGUCCGUCCAGGGACCAAGUUCGAUGCCAGCUGGAAGCAAGCCUACAAGCGACACCAACGGCCCAAUUCCCGAUGCAAAGGCGGCGGGGAAGACGGUAGCGCUGUGUUCUCAGCGCUGAUCUGCCAGGAACCAGAGGCCCUGAAGGAGAGUGGAAAGCUCGAGGAUGUGCUGUGCAAGAACCAGAGAUUCUUCCCGACAUUUGAGGAGAUUGUCAGGGGCCGAGUGCCAGGUUCAACUAGACUUGGUGUCGUGUCCGUUCGUCAGGAUCGUUGGACGACGUUGACCCGUCACCGAGAACACAUCGACUUCGCUCCUGAAGCUCGUGGAGACUGGACUCAAAAGACGCAGUGGAUACGGACUUGA